AUGAAUUCCAAACACCAGUGUAUGGACCUGAACGAUGGUCACUUCAUUCCUGUGCUGGGCUUUGGGACAGCCACACCUGUAGAGGUUCCCAAGAGCAAGGCUGGAGAGGCCACCAAAUUAGCCAUAGAUGCUGGGUUCUGCCAUAUUGAUUGUGCUUAUUUGUAUCAAAAUGAAGAGGAGGUGGGACAGGCCAUUUGGAGCAAGAUUGCAGAUGGCACUGUGAAGAGAGAAGACAUCGUCUACACUUCAAAGCUUGGCUUCAAUUUCUGUAGACCAGAGCUAGUCCAACUUUGCUUGAAAAUAUCAUUAAAAAAACUUCAAAUGGACUAUGUGGAUCUCUAUAUGGUUGAUUUCCCAGUGGCUCUGAAGCCAGGGGAGGAGAUUUUUCCCAUGGAUGAGGAUGGAAAAUUAGUAUUUGACACAGUGGAUCUCUGUACCACCUGGAAGGCCAUGGAGAAGUGUAAGGAUGCAGGAUUUGCCAAGUCCAUUGGGGUGUCCAACUUUAACAGCAGGCAGCUGGAGAUGAUCCUGAACAAGCCAGGGCUCAAGUACAAGCCUGUCUGCAACCAGGUAGAAUGGCAUCCUUAUCUGAAUCAGAGCAAAUUGCUAGAUUUCUGCAAGUCAAAGGAGAUUGUCCUCAUUGCCUAUGGUUGUUUGGGAAGCCAACCAUAUAAAAACUGGACUGACGAGAGUUGCCCCGUUCUCUUGGAUGAGCCAAUUCUUCGUACCAUGGCAGAGAAGUACAAGUGAAAGCCAGGUCUGAUUUCCCUUUGAUGCUUGCUGCAGCAUGGGGUUGUUGUCCUGGUCAAGAGUUUCAAUGAGAAGCACAUCAAAGAAAAUGUGCAGGUUUUUGACUUCCAGUUGACUUCAGAGGACAUGACAAUCUUAGAUGGCCUGAACAGAAAUAUUCGAUACAGUGUUGCUUCUCUGUUGAUUGACCACCCUAAUUAUCCAUUUAAUGAUGAGUAUUAA